UCACACUGUUGUGAAGUCAAACAUUGGUGCGGUGCUUGAACUUUUAACAUAUUCUAGAAAUUCCGGAGAGAAUGGAGCAAUUCAAGGGUCUUCAGAAAUCGCUGUAUAUAUGGACGGACAGCGCUGAUUUGGACAAGCGUGUGGAGCAACUAAAGUCGGCUACCGGCGGCGAUGUUGCUCUGGAAAAUGUGCACCGCCUGUCGUUUUCCUCCUAUGCCAACUCCAGUUUCGACCUGAUCGUAAUCGAAUGCGCCCAACUGACCGACAAUUACGUAAAGCUGCUGCACAUGCUGAAGCCGAGUGGCAAACUCCACUUGGUUUCCUUCAUUGGGCCGGCAGCCAGCCUACUGCAAGAAGUUAAGUUGUCUGGAUUCAUCAACUGCCGAGAGGAUGCCCAGGAUGCCUUGACAGCUGAGAAACCUGGUUAUGAAACCGGCUCUUCAGCAAGACUGUCCUUUGCCAAGAAAAAUACCAGCGCAGUGAAUGUUUGGAAGAUUAGCGGCGACGACGAGGAGCUAAUCGAUGAGGAGGAUCUUUUGGACGAGGAGGACAAACAAAAACCGGACCCGGCUGGUUUGCGUGUCUGCAGCACCACCGGCAAACGUAAGGCCUGCAAGAAUUGCUCAUGUGGCUUGGCCGAGGAGUUGGAGACUGAAAAACAAAGCCAGAAGGCCACCGAAAACGCCAAGUCUAGCUGUGGAAACUGCUAUCUGGGCGACGCCUUCCGCUGCUCUACUUGCCCCUAUUUGGGUAUGCCUGCCUUUAAGCCCGGCGAGAAGGUGCAACUCGGUGGAAAUCUACUGAAAUCCGACAUUUAACCAUGGUACCACAUCCAAGCAAUCACAUUUCAAAUAGUUUAUUAAGCUGACUUACUAACAAACAAUUAUGUCAUAAUGUAAAUACAAAAAUGCACCGCGUCAUAAAACAUGUAGAUUCAAAUAUCCAA